UUUAUUUACAAAAGUGCGCUAUGCUUAUUUAAUACAAUAUGGAGUCAAACAACAUCGAUUUUUCAACUGGUUCGCCGCCAAAUAAUCACGUUGAAGCUACAGAUUACGAUUUACAUUUUGCAACAUGGAGUAUGGAAUAUUUGAAGAAUGCCGCAAUGCAGCUGCAGCUAGUGAGGCCAAGGAGCUUAGCUUGGGCCAUCAUGUUGAAGGCCCUUCCUUCACCUUCUAGUGAUAUUAUAACCAGUAUUAAAGCACAUAGGAACUUUUAUAUUGACCUAAGAGAUAAGUUGUCUAUGGACCCGCGCGCCGUCAUAGACGAUGAUCCACUCUCACAGAAUGAUGAGAGUGCAUGGAAACAACACUUCUGUGAUAAUGAGCUGAAGGCUCUUAUAUUACAGGAUGUUGUUCGAACUUAUCCAGAAGAAGUAUACUUUAGAGAUAAAGAUGUUCAGGAUUUAAUGGUGCGUGUUCUAUUUUUCUGGGCCAGAUCUCACUCGGUGGGAUACAGACAAGGUAUGCAUGAAAUACUGGCCCCCUUACUAUUUGAGUUACACGGAGAUAGGAAAUACGCACCAGAUGAUAUCAGUGAUACACUCAAAUGUUAUUUAGACAAGGAAUAUUUGGAACAUGAUAGUCACAUGUUGUUCAACGCAGUAAUGAAAGGUGUGGAGAGGUUCUACACAACGGGAGAUGUGGUGCCCAGCUCCAGCGGCAGACUGCCCACCUCCACAUCUGUACAUAGUCAAAAUGAAGUGGUGCGAUAUCUGGAGAGAGUGAAGGAUGAGUACUUAGCGCCAUUAGACAAUGAGUUGGCCACACAUUUGGCCAAAUGCAAUAUAUCAAUGGAACUAUUUGGAAUUCGGUGGCUGCGGCUGCUGUUCGGGCGAGAGUUCCCGCGCUGCGAGAUCCCGCACCUAUGGGGCUUCAUCUUCGCAGACGGACCUGUGCUGCCCAACCUGCACUACAUCAUUGUCGCCUUGCUCAUCUCUAUGAAGCCCUCGCUGAUGGAGGCGGAGAGUGGUGCGGCGCUGUCAGCGCUGAUGCGACCUGCGCGUGCGCCGGUAGCGUACGUGUGCGCGCUCGCGCUGCAUCUGCGCCGCCCACAUCUGCCGCGACCCGCCACGCCCCCGCAACCGCCCUCCCCGCCCACCACACCGCACACCUCGCACACAUCGCACACAUACGUGUAAGUAUAUUCACUGCCU